CCCGCCCCCUCAACUUGACUUCAUGAGGUGCGCGCCGGUCAAAAUAAAAGACCACACGUUAGGGAGGUGUGGAUUAACACCAUCCCCUAUAAAUUAAUACUUCGAUUAUAGAGCAACCCAAGCUCGUCGUUUGCUUCGGACCGACUAAUCCCGUUCAUCUCCCUCACCAUAAUUUCUCUCAACCAGGCCUCACCAUGAGUUCUUUGGAUCAGCACCAGGCUCCCCCAACAUCAUACCCACCGCCGGGACAGGCCUAUCCUCCGCCGGCCGAAGGCUACCCAGCGAACUAUGCAGCGCCUCCUCCGGUGGGUUAUCCGGUGAAGGACGAGGCGGCGGCGUAUCCCUCGCAAGCUCCAGUGGAGACCAAGAGCCGAGGGGAGGGCUUCUGGGAAGGAUGCUGUGCCGCCUUGUGUUGCUGCUGCGUUCUGGACACGUGCUUCUGAGACUGGACGGAAUUCUACAAACGCUUGAUAUAUAGCUGUCUUAUUUCUUAUAUCUGAUGUAUACGUUCGCAAUAAUAUUGUUUAGGAGAGGGAAGAGCGUCAGCUUUUGUGGAUUUUCUCAUAUGGUGAUUUGAUUACGAAUCGCCCUCUCCAAAUGUGACUUGUCACUUCUGUAGAAGAUGCAUUAUUUAUUUUGCAAUGGUUGUUAUGAUAUUGUGUUCUUUGUGGUUCCA